CCUCCUGGGUGUCCAAUCAUACCCUAGUUUGCUGCAGCGGCUUUAUUUGACUUCACUUUUCACGUGAGCGUGGACGCCUUUUACAAUUUACGUUUUUGUUUUGAAAUACAUGUUCUUUUUAGAUUUUGCAAGUGGUUCAAAUUAUGAUUCUAUUCUGACUUCUCAAAUCGUAUCCCAUGUGGACGGUUGGUGCAACGUGCAACUGGACUCUUCUCUGAAAGUCAGUGGAAAGCGCACCAGUUUGCUACCAUCAUCCUAAACAUUGGAUCCCGGCAUAAAUGUCUCUGCUAGAGGACGUCUUACAUUUGUUGCGGUCCGUCCUGGAGUAUUUUGGUGUGCCCCCGGACAUGCUGGUUCCAGUAUGGGAAAGCCAGUUGUGUGGACAGUACCGCAGCGUUGUGCGCAUGAUAGGCAGCAACCUUCCACUUACACCCUCACCUCGUGUCCACUUCCAGAUCCCUCUUCAUAGCUACAGACCGCAUGGUUAUGUUGAUGUCACCAUGGACACACCUGCUAUCCCUUCAUUGGCCGAUGUGUUGUGGGUGGCGGAAGAUGAGGGGGACAGUUUUGCGAAGAUCAGGAAUUACGUGCAUCCAUGUAAGCAAAGUUCUGUGAGUGGGCGAGUUGAGAUGGUGCUGGAACCUCCAGGAGAAAAGGUUGGACAUCAGGGGCUAGUGCCCUCACAACCCCACAACAGAGGCCCUAUAACGGGGCAAAGGUCAGACCCAGAGGCCCUGAGGAAGAUCACCGUCCUGGAAGACGAGUUGCUCAAGCUCCGGGCCCAGAUAGCCAUGAUUGUAUUGGCAGCACCACCCACAGCUCCACCCCCCACACAGAAUGUUCCGGGCACACCCGAAUCCCUGAUGUCUCCUCCGAUGCUCACCUCCACCCCUCGCUGCGCUCUCCCACCUCCUCCCCCACCUCCUCCCCCACCUCCUCCUCCCCCCCCGUCCAACUCCCCUGCGGUCGCCCCGUCCACUCUGGACCUCAUCCGGCAGCGCAGGGAGGCGAGCAAGCCCAGCGCCCAGGUUAAGGGCUCCACCCAGGGGCAACCGCAUCCUCAGGACCAAGGGGUUCCGUCAAUGCUGGAUGUGCUCAAAAACUUGAACCAGGUCAAACUGCGCACCACAGUGGAGAGGUCACCGGGGGGAACACCAAUGAGGAAGCGACAGAGCAGAGGUUCGGCUCUGCUGAACGAUCCAGCGGCGCUGAUUGCCGAGGCGCUGAGGAAAAAGUUUGCCUACCGUCGCCACGACGACUCGAAUGACAAGGAAAACCGUUCGGCGGAGCUGUCACCGUUUGGCAGCCCAGAGGUGCUCCCUGUUCCCCUGCUUUCCAGGCGUAGCCAAGGACGACUCCACCGGUGAAGGGUUACCUCUUGAUCACCUCAGGUUAACUGUGACCUCUUAAAACCACCUCAGGCCCCAAAGGUCAACUAUUUACCAGCAGCCAAUUACAUCGCCAGCUGACGUGCCUACAUCAACUACUGCAACUGCUGACUCUGUUCUUUUUUUUUUAUUCAAUGGUAUAUUUUUAUUUGGGAGUUUACAAUCGACCUGCUUUUUUUCUGUUGUGUUUCGUAUGGCAUUGUUUUUGUUGUUGGUUUCUGCCAGAGGUGUUGAAUGUAGUUCUCCCAUGCAGUCAUUUCAAUGUUAAUUUAGCUGUAUGUAAGAUUUUCUUUUGUACUGUAAAUUGAAUGUUAUUUUUUGUUGUUGUACAGUUUCACCAUGCCAUGUGUUUGCGUAGGUGGCAAAUGAUGUCCUGUUAUCUGUGCACAUUUUAUUUAAUGAAAAUCUUCGGGGAAAUAUUUAAUAAUGAUGCAAGGGUGUUAAGCAGCUUUCGACUGCUUAAACCUGCCAUGAUCUUUCUUAGGUCUUGAAUGUAACGUUAACCCUAUCAUCGUAAACAAGGUGAGGAACUGGGGCUGUGAUACCUAAAUGCAGGUUUUUCUCUAUGCAACCUGUCUUGUUUUCCUACGUUUUGACUUUGCUGCUUUGCGUGACAUUGCUCUGGCUGUACCCGUGCAUGUGGAACACAAUUCGUCUGUCCAGUAGUUGUCGAGCUGAGUUGGAAGACCAGGACUGUAUGCAUUUACACUGUGUUGUCAAUAUACAUGAUAUUUUCACUUACUCCAGCCCUUUUUCCUCGUGAGGAUUCAAGUGGUGUGGUUUGUCUUGGCAGACUGUGAGGAUUCCCAGGCUGGUGUUGGUCUGUGUGUGCAUUAUACACGGAAAGACUGCAGCUGUUUUCAAGCUCAACUUAGUAUCUCUUACUUCCACUCAGAUAUUUCCCAGUCCUCUCUUUCUUAAGGUUUUCUCAGUGACUGUAGCAGAUGGUAAAACUGCUUUCCGAAGGCCAGGACUCAAAAGGAAACCCUAUAUACCACUGUGAGUGCUUACCGAAGCACCUGAUGUUGGUUCAUUUGUAUUGUCGAUUAAGUUACUGCUUGGACAGUAACUGGGUAAGUUGACCAGUUGGUCCUAAAAGAAGUUGACUGCAGCCGUCUUAGGUGGAUAGAUGAUUUGACACAAGCUGGGAUC